UUCUCUCCGUGCGAACCUACCUAUUUUCAAAGGCUCCCGGACUGGUCCCGCGGACGGCCCAAGCUCAGCAGUCUCGGCUGUCGCAGUAGCCGUGUCAGUUCUGCACGUCGUUCAAUCCCGUUGCCCGGUUGUUCGUUCUCUUUCGCUCCGGUUUUAAUUGUUUCCCGUUGAUUCCUUUCAAGCAAAAGUUGUGUCGCAAUUUUCGGGAAAAAAAAGAAAAGGAAAAUUGGAAUCUUCGCUAGAAAUUUGCAUAAAUUGCUGGCAGGUUUGACGGUUAUUCAGCCGUCGUCGCGUGUUAGUCCACCGUUAUUGCCUGUGAGACUUCCUCCAGCCGAAUUUCAAUAGAAGACAAAACGAUUAACGAUUCAAAUAAGAAACAAGGAGAAUCUUCGUAUUUAAACCGCAACGACAUGUUGCCAGUGAGUGCCAACGACGACGUUGGCGGCAGUGCCAUUCAGCAACAGCAACAGCAGUUCAUGAACGGCCAACAUUCGAGGGCAAAGGGUAAUUUCUCAAUUGCCGCCAUUAUGGGCCAUCACAUGACUCACGAAUCGCGUCCGUUCGCCAUGGAAAAGCUCUCCCCAUCGCCACCGCGAAGCAUCCGCCGUUCGUCUGUUGAUCCAUCGCCAGAUUCGGACAGGGCCAUGAAAGAGGACGCGGUCGAGGACGAGGACGGUGAGUCUUCGUUGACGGAUCACGAGAUCGACGUCGAGGACAUUGAUGAGGCCGACGAUGGUCAUCAUGUGACGGUAAAAAAUGGUGGCGCCCUUCUACAUCGUCAUCGUCAACAGCAGGGGAGUCAUGCGACCAUCCGAUCGUUCAAAGAGGAAGAAGAUGACGACGAAGAUGAAGUGUUAGAUAAAGACGAGAUCAUCGACGAUGAUGACGUUGGAGGUCCACCUCUUGGCGCAGUCAAGUCGAGGAAAAAGUCCGGCAAGAAAUCGGGCAAAUCGGGUGGAAGCGGUUCUGGCGGAUCGUCGUCCAGUUCAAAUCCACAAGUGAAACCCAAGUGCAACUGCGAGCAGCUGCAGCACGUCGAUUGCCACCUGGAGACCAAAGAAUUGUGGGACAAAUUCAACGAGCUGGGCACCGAAAUGAUCAUCACCAAAACCGGCAGGCGAAUGUUCCCGACCGUACGCAUCACAUUCUCCGGGGCGGUCCUGAUGGCGGAAAGCUCACAACUUCAGCAACAACAACAACGUACGACGGCCGAUUUGCUAAUGACUCAUCCGCAUCAUCCGUUGGCCUAUCACCAUCAUCAUAUGCAGCAACAGCAGCUCACGGCGUCACAACAGCAUUUGCAUAUACAGCAUCAGCAGGUCGGCCAUCCGCAGAGUCGGGUGCGCUACUUCGUUCUGCUGGACGUUGUGCCAGUGGAUAGCAAACGCUAUCGUUACGCCUACCAUCGCUCUUCAUGGCUAGUGGCCGGCAAAGCCGACCCACCGGCACCGGCCCGUCUCUACACUCAUCCUGACUCGCCUUUCACUCCCGACCAGCUACGUAAGCAAGUGAUCUCCUUCGAGAAAGUCAAACUGACCAACAACGAAAUGGACAAACAAGGACAGAUUGUCUUGAAUUCGAUGCAUCGUUACCAGCCGCGAGUGCAUCUCGUCAGACGGAUGGAAGGUGACACGACUCGGCCAAUCGUCGACUUGGAGCGCGAACAAUUCCGCACGUACGUUUUCCCGGAGACGGUGUUCACCGCCGUGACAGCCUAUCAGAACCAAUUGAUAACCAAGCUGAAGAUUGACAGCAACCCGUUCGCCAAAGGCUUUCGCGAUUCUUCAAGACUUAGCGACUUUGACCGGGACGGAAUGGACGGCAUGGCGGACUACAUCCGAGCGCCGUCGCGAAUGUUCCCCGACGUGUCCGAUUUCGAAGCGGCUGGAUUUUUGAACAGCGAGAAAAUGCGCAGUCUCGGCCUGCAUCACGCGCACAAUCAGCACCCGUUUGGAGCGUCCAUUCACCCGCAAAAUUCGAACAAUCCUCGCCUACCGCCAAUGCCACUGGCCACCAUCCAGCAGCAUUUGUUCGCCAUCCAGCAACGCACCAACGGCUACCCUAUCAUGCCGUCGCCUUCUUCCGCCGUAUCGCCAAACGGGGGCGGAAGUAACAACCAAUUAUUGCCCAUGCCGUUCCCGCAUCAUUUGCUAUCGCAAUGGACGCUGGCCGCAGCCGCUGGAUUCGGUUUCAAUCAGCUGGGAUUGUUCGGACUGGGCGGAUUACCAAGCGCCGGACUGACAGGUCUACAGCAACCGAGCGUGAAUCCUAGUUCGUCAGUAUCACCUCCUCACUCGACACGACAGCCGAGCCCGAUGGCAACGCCGCCGUCGGUUACGGCCACUGUCACCGGUUCUGUCGCUCACCUGCCUUGCCUGUCUGGCGAGAGGAGCGAUCCGCUGACCGUUGCGAAGGGCCACAAUUCAUCGCAUCGCCAACACCACCGAUUCAGUCCCUAUCCGGCCAUCAACAUGACUAGCAGCAAGAUGAUAACGCAUGGCAACGGUGUGAACCACACGGAUGACCCGUCGGAUCGUUCACCUGCCUCGGCCGGUUCUAAACUGACUUUUGAGAAGUGAAAGGGGCGAGAGGGGAUAUGCAACAUUACAGAUGCACACCUGCAUCAGUGUAUUGUAUCGCAGAUGAAUAAACAAAAGGUGGACAUUUUAUACAGUAACGUGGCAUGACAGCACGUCGUUUGCUGAUCAUCUUCGGACCGGCUUUGCUCGGCUUUUUUUUUUAUUUCUGUGACUCGUUGUUUUUAUUUAUUUUUUAUUUUCUUACCAUUUUCUUGUAUUGGCAUAUUCUUAUACCCUCUAUAUGACUUUAGUGUUCAUUGUUUGUUUGUUUGUUUGGUUUUUUUUUUUUUUCGUUUUGGUUUUGCAAGUUGGACCGCUCCCUGUUGACGCGUAUAUACACAGUCUAAGUUGAAAAUAGAGUAUUUUGUCGUGGCAUUUUUUUUUUUUUUAAAUCUUGUUUGUUGGUUGGAUUUCUAUAACGUCGUGCUUCCCCACUCCAGUCCCUCACCUUUUUGCUUCCCUUUUUUUUUUUCGUUAGUCUUCCUCGAUCUGUUUUUGGCUUUUUUACCUGCAACGCUGUACAGUCCUUAAAUACUUUAUAUACACUGAAUGGACCGUC